AUGGCGCUGUGGUUUUCCUCCUUUCAGGGUCUUGGUUCGGCUGAAGAGGAUAAGGAACGGGAAUUGACUCUCAUAUCUAUACAGCGCCUGUCGGAAACGCAGACUUAUAGUCAAGGGAUUGAAUUUAUCUGUCAAAACCAAAAAGAGUUUGUGAAGAGGUCUGUAGAAUCCCAAUGGAAUCUAGCAGAAGCCCAGCAGAAACUUGGUAGUUUAGCACUGCACAAUUCAGAAUCCACAGAUCAGGAAUAUGCUAAAGCACAGACUGAAGCUUCAGAACUGAGACAGAGAGAAGAAGAGUGGAGAAGAAAAGAAGAAGUGCUAAUACAGAGGGAACAACAGAAUCUAUGGAAUACAGAUUCUUUUAGUACGGAGGUAUUUAGUAAGAGUAUUAUUAGUCAAUAUAAAAGAAAAGAAGUAGAAGAUGAAGAUAUAUCUAAAUCAUUUACACAGAAGCAUGAACAAAAGAUUAGAUACUUUGGUAUGCUGAGUAGAUGGGAUGACAGUCAAAGAUUUUUGUCUGACCACCCAUAUCUUGUAUGUGAAGAAACAGCUAAAUAUCUCAUCUUCUGGUGUUUUCACCUAGAAGCUGAACAGAAAAGAGCUCUGAUGGAACAAAUAGCACACCAAGCAGUUGUGAUGCAGUUUAUUAUAGAAAUAGCCAGAAAUUGUAAUGUGGAUCCAAGAGGCUGUUUUCGUUUGUUUUUCCAAAAAGCCAAA